UUUGUUGAGUUGACAUUGGACAGCAGCAAGCAGCAGCAGCAUCACCAUCAUCAUCAUCAGCGCGCUCACUCGCAGCUUCACAUCGCCGGGCCAAACACAAUCACCACCACCGCCGCCGCCUUGAUGACGCCCAGCAAACGACAACACGAGCUACUCCAACAACAACAACAACCACAGCAGCAGCGGCGGCGGCUGCAACAACAACGACAACCACAGCAAGAGGCCAUGAUGUCCAGGUCACUGCCGACGGCCACUCUGUGCGCACUGCUGCUGCUGCUCUGCCUGACGACAGAAGCAGCAGGAGCAGGGGCUAAGAUGACAGCCAGCGAGAAGCGAGAGACCGGCGGCGGCGGAGACUGGAGACAUCCCAUUGGACCGGAAGAUCAACAACAACAACAACAUCAUCAUCAUAAUCAUCACUAUCAGCAGCAGCAGCAGCGGAACAGAGGGCCGGCUGAAUUGAUUCCAGCUCGACACAUCAAUAACAACAACAACAACGGCAUCAGCAUCAGCAGCAGCAUCAACAACAACGGCAUCAUCAGCAGCAGCAGCAACAGCGGCAUCAGCAGCAGCAGCCGCUGUGACAGGGACACGGACGUCUCCACGAUGAGACGGCGAAUAAUCCGUCCGCAGGACUCGGUGGCUGCCGGGGCGCGUUUCGUGUCCGCGCCGCGGGGCGUGCGUCGAUGGGGAGGAUGCCUGGCCGCUUGCUGCUCGCACGCAGCCUGCUCGGUGGCUGUCCUCCAAGGAGCUCCAGGAGAUGAUGAUGAUGAUGGUGGUGGUGAUGAUGGUGAUGGUGAUGAUGGACCGGAGCUGAACUGCUACCUCUUCGAUUGCCCGCGGGGAGAUGAUGGACGUGACGUUUGCUCGUUUUCAGCACACCAGGGGUACACGAGUUUUGUGCUGAACGGGAAUGGCAGAGGUGGUGGUGGUGGUGCUGAUGGUGAUGAUGGUGGUGAUGAGAAGGAAGAGGUGGAUCAGGAAGAUGGGGAGCAGACGCGGGGGAGACAUGUGGACGACGGCACUGUCGAUAAAGACAAGCCACCGCAGGCCCAGGCGGGCGCCGACGUGAUGCUUCGCGUGCCCGAGAGCGACGCCACCCUGAGCGGACUGGGCAGCGUGGACGACCACGGCAUCACGGCGUACCGCUGGAGGCUGCUCAGUGGAGAUCCCUCCCUGCAGAUGGCGAGCUCGGAAGAUGGACAGCUGAAGCUGUCUGGCCUCAGGGAGGGUGUGUACGUGAUGCGUCUCACCGUCACGGACACGGCAAACCAGCAGGGAUCGGACGAAGUUACCAUCACCGUGCUCCCCUCGCCCGCCCACACGGACGUGCCUUCGCACGAUCCGCCCCAGCCUGCGUUGCCUGCCAAAGCACCUACAGUGGCCCAAGAUGUGCACAACAUCUCGGAGAAGAUGUAUCAGCAGCCCUUCCAAGCGCAGCAGCCUCUCUCCAUUCACACUAACCCCGGUGCCACGCAGAAGCAAGUGGAUGCUGUUUAUGUCGCACCAGAGUCUAGUGCGGUGCUGCCACUGGCGCUGGGCCUCGCCGUGACGGUGCUGCUUCUCGUGAUGCUGGGCGGCCGAUUCUUCGUCGCUCGGAAGCGGCUCAAGAAAGGACGACCGCUCGUGUCCGAAGAGUCGGACUAUCUCAUCAACGGCAUGUACCUCUGACGGCGC